GCGGCGGCGGCGGCGCGAGAUGGUGGGCAGGUUGGCGCGUUUCGUGCUGGUGCUUGGGCUCGCAGCGCGCGGGCCCGCGCCCGCCGGUGCCGCCAAGAUGAAGGUGGUGGAGGAGCCCAACACGUUCGGGCUCAACAACCCGUUCCUGCCCCAGACCAGUCGCCUCCAGCCCAGGAGGGAUCCUUCACCCGUGUCUGGGCCCGUGCAUCUCUCCAGACUUUCUGGCAAGUGCUUCAGCCUGGUGGAGUCCACGUACAAGUACGAGCUCUGCCCGUUCCACAACGUGACGCAGCACGAGCAGACCUUCCGCUGGAACGCCUACAGUGGAAUCCUCGGCAUCUGGCAUGAGUGGGAAAUCGCCAACAACACCUUCAGGGGCAUGUGGAUGAGGGAUGGUGACUCCUGCCACUCCCGGAGCCGGCAGAGCAAGGUGGAGCUCACCUGUGGCAAAACCAACCGGUUGGCCCACGUGUCUGAGCCAAGCACCUGUGUCUACGCACUGACGUUUGAGACGCCCCUCGUCUGCCACCCCCACUCCUUGUUAGUGUACCCGGCCCUGCCCAUGGCCCUGCAGCAGAGGUGGGACCGGGUGGAGCAGGACCUGGCAGAUGAGCUGAUCACAUCCCAGGGCUAUGAGAAGUCACUCAGGGCGAUUUUUGAGGAUGCUGGUUAUUUAAAGACCCCAGAACAAAGUGAAUCGGUGCAGCAGGAAGGAGGUGCCAAGAGCCUGGUGUUUCAGACACUGGAGAGCUGUAACGAGGCACAUAAAGCCCUGUCAAAGGAGAUGAAAAGACUUAAAAGCAUACUGACCCAGCAUGGCCUCCCCUACGUGAAGCCUGCAGAAACUUCCAGCUCUGAGCACUUGGGUCCCAGGACACCCACGGACAAGACAGCAGAGCUGCUACGAGGUGACCCUGGACUGCGUGGGAACACCCUGUGAUCUGGGGCAGGAGGAGCAGGGCGACAGGUCUCAGCCAGAGGACACCUUCCUCCGUUCCUUCUGUGCCAGCAGGCUCUCGGGGUUGUGCCCAAAGAUGCAGACAAAAUAAAGAUUCAAAGUUUUAAUUAAUUUCCCUACUGAUAAAAAUA